GAAUGAAUAUUAGUGUGGAAAACGCGUGUUAAAGUGUUACUGUACUUAAAACUAGUGUUUACAGUACUGAUAGUCUUUUACGAGGUACCUUCUUGGAAGAAAGGAAGAAAAAUUGUAGACGUGUGUUUACAAUGUUCUUUUUAAAAAAAGAUAUGCAUUUUUCGUUUUCCUACACCCCACUCUCAUACUUUCUUCUCUCCGAUUGCAUUCAAACGCAUUACCUGAUGCACUGAUCUGAUUCCUUUUUCUUUCUCUGAUCAAUUCACUCCUUUCUUAAUCUUCUGUUUAUAGAUCCCAUGAUGUCUUUCUUGAACAAUGAAGGAGCCUCUUCUUCUUUUUCUUCCACUCGCUGAUGGAACUAUGAUGUUUUCUUGAGUUUUAGAGGUGAAGAUACCCGCGAAGGUUUUACCAGUCAUUUAUAUAAGGCUUUGUGUGACAAAGGCUGUUAUACCUUCAUCGAUGAUAAACUUCGGAGGGGAGAAGAGAUUUCGGAAGAACUUAUACAAGCCAUAAAAAAUUCAUCGAUUUUGGUUAUUGUCUUCUCUGAAAACUAUGCAAAGUCCAAAUGGUGCUUGGAUGAACUUGCUGAGAUUGUUGACUGUAGAGAAAAGGACCAAGAGGUUCAAAUUCGUCCAGUUUUUUACAAUGUUGAUCCAUCAGAAAUACGAAAUCAAAAGGGAAACUUUGGAAUGGCACUGGCUAACCAUGAAAUGAAGUUCAAGAAUAACAUGGAUAAGGUGCAGAGGUGGAGGGAUGCUCUAAGAAAAGUAGCUAAUGCAUCUGGAUGGCAUUACAAGAAAGGUUGCUCUACAUAUAAAUCUGAAUCUCACUUCAUUCAAAACAUUGUUGAAGAGAUAUCAAUUGCUAUAUUAAAUUGGACGCCGUUAUAUGUUGCUGAAUACCCUGUUGGAAUAAAUUCUCGUGCAGAGGCCAUAGAGUCACUUUUAGAUAUUGGGUUAGAUGAAUUUUGCAUGGUAGGGAUUCAUGGCCUUCCCGGAGUAGGAAAGACUACAAUUGCAAAAGCUGUUUAUAAUAAAAUCUCUAAACAAUUUGAUGGAAGCAGCUUUUUAAUGAAUGUCAGAGAAAAUUUGGGGACAUAUGCUGGCAUAAUCACACUACUAGAGCAACUUCUUAAUGACAUCUUAGUGGAUGAAAAUUGGAGAGUGGGCAACAAAUUUAGAGGAAUCAGUUUAAUAGAAAAUAGACUUCGCUGUAAAAAGGUUUUUUUAAUUCUUGAUGAUGUCGAUGAUUCGACAAGAAUAGAGAAUUUGCUUGGAAAAUGUAAUUGGUUUGCUCCCGGAAGUAGAGUCAUUUUAACAUUAAGAGAUAGAUGCUUGUUAGCUGCCCUUAAAGAAAAACUUUGUACAACUUACAAGGUCAAGGAAUUCGAGGUCGAGCAAUUAAACGAACAUGAAGCUCUUCAACUCUUCAAAGGCCAUGCCUUUUCGGGAAACAAACUUUAUGAUGAAGAUUAUUCUAAACUUGCAACUAAAUUCAUAGAUUUUGCCAAUGGCCUUCCACUAGCUCUAGAAAUAAUAGCUCGUGAUUUGUGUGGAAAAGCUAAAGAUGAAUGGGAAAGUGCAUUAGAUAUUUAUAACAAAAUCCCUAAUGAAGACAUUCAAAAAAUACUUAGAGUAAGUUACGAUGGAUUGCAUGAAGCCGAGAAAAAUAUUUUUCUCGAUAUUGCAUGUUUCUUCAAAGGAUGGAACAAAGAUUAUGUUGUAAAGAUAUUAGAUGCUUGUGGAUUAUGUCCUGGCUUUGGUAUUCCGAGACUUGUUAAUAAAUGUCUCAUAACUAUUGACGAAUUUGGUAGAUUGUCAAUGCAUGACUUGAUUCAACAAAUGGGCAAGGAAGUUGUUCGACAAGAAGCACUAGACAUUCUCAGAAAACGUAGCAGGUUAUGUUGUUAUAAGGAUUCACUUAAAGUACUAACUACAGAUAAGGGUUCAAAACACAUUCGAGGCAUAAUGUUGCAUUCGCCUCAACAAGUAAAGGUGCAACUACACACUGAAGCUUUCAGAAAGAUGGAAAAUCUCAAAUUUCUAAUAGUUGAGAAUGUACAUAUAUGUAAACCACUUGAAUUUCUUCCCAACAAUUUAAUACUUCUUAAGUGGCCCCAUUAUCCUUUUCACUGGCCAUUAGAAUAUUUUCCUGAACAACUUGUUGCCAUUGAGAUGCCACACAGUCGCAUCAAAUUGCCAAAGCUAAUCAAGCAGGAGUGCCGCUUAGAAAAUAUGAAAGACGUCAAUUUUCAAGAUUGUGAAUUUAUUAGGAUUUUACCUAAAUUAUGGGCCCCAAAUUUAGAGAAUUUGAACCUCUCUAAGUGUAAAAAUUUGGCCAAAAUGGCCCAUUAG